UGAACAGCUGUGUGGGUGAAUCAGUCAGCUUUGGGUAGAAAAGAAAAAAAGAACAAUUUCGUCUAUUUAAUAUAAAAUUGCAGUUGGAAAAUUUAAUUUGAAAUAAUUUGUGCACGCAACAAUGGCUGGUGAAAUGGCGCACAAAAUGAAGGCCAUCAAAUGCCCGACAGACGAACUGUCGCUGACGAACAAGGCAAUUGUCAACAUUGCUGAUUUCACCGAAGAAGUCAAAUAUGCGGACAUCUCACCGGGACCGGGACAGCAUUAUAUAUUUGCGCUGGAGAAGAUUGGGGAGCUGCCACGUGGACAUGUGGGUUUCUCGCUGGUGCAGCGCAAGUGGGCAACGUUGUCAAUCAAUCAGGAGAUCGAUGUGCGUCCGUAUCGAUUCGAUGCCAGCUCGGACAUCAUCACAUCCGUCGCCUUCGAGACGGAUUUUCUGCAAAAGAAGACAAUCACCCAGGAGCCCUACGAUUCCGAUGAAAUGGCCAAGGAGUUCAUUAUGCAAUUCGCUGGCAUGGCCUUAACAGUCGGCCAAACACUCGUCUUUCACUUCAAGGACAAGAAAUUGCUGGGACUCGCCGUCAAAUCGCUAGAGGCUGUCGAUCCCCGCACAGUGGGCGAUGGCAAGGAGCCAAAGUCGCGUAAUGUGCGCUUUGGUCGCCUGCUCGGCAACACGGUCGUCCAAUUCGAGAAGGCCGAGAAUUCGGUUCUGAAUCUGCAGGGCAGAUCCAAGGGCAAAAUCACACGCCAAUCGAUCAUAAAUCCCGAUUGGGAUUUCGGUAAAAUGGGCAUCGGUGGCUUGGACAACGAAUUCAAUGCGAUCUUUCGACGUGCGUUCGCCUCGCGCGUCUUUCCUCCCGAACUUGUCGAGCAGUUGGGCAUCAAGCAUGUCAAAGGCAUCCUCCUCUAUGGACCACCAGGCACUGGUAAAACUCUGAUGGCCCGCCAGAUUGGCACCAUGCUCAAUGCCCGGGAACCGAAGAUUGUCAACGGUCCGCAAAUAUUGGACAAAUAUGUGGGUGAAUCCGAGGCGAAUAUUCGUCGCCUGUUCGCCGAUGCCGAGGAGGAGGAGAAGCGACUAGGCCCGAAUAGUGGUCUGCACAUCAUCAUCUUCGAUGAGAUCGAUGCGAUAUGCAAGGCGCGUGGCUCUGUGGCUGGCAAUAGUGGCGUCCACGACACUGUCGUCAAUCAGCUGCUGGCGAAAAUUGACGGCGUGGAGCAGCUGAAUAAUAUACUGGUCAUUGGCAUGACCAAUCGACGGGAUAUGAUCGAUGAGGCUCUUCUGCGACCGGGCCGCCUUGAAGUCCAAAUGGAGAUCAGUCUGCCCAAUGAGCAGGGACGCGUCCAGAUCCUGAACAUACACACGAAACGAAUGCGUGAAUUCAACAAGAUUGCCAGCGAUGUGGACAACAAAGAGAUCGCCGCCUGCACCAAGAACUUUAGCGGUGCCGAACUGGAGGGUCUCGUCCGUGCUGCCCAAUCCACGGCGAUGAAUCGUCUGAUCAAGGCGGAUGCCAAAGUGCAUGUUGAUCCCGAGGCCAUGGAGAAACUGAAGGUGACCCGUUCCGAUUUUAUGCAUGCGCUGGAGAAUGAUAUAAAGCCCGCGUUUGGUGCCGCCCAGGAGAUGAUUGAGAAUAUGUUGGCGCGUGGCGUCAUCAACUGGGGACAGCCGGUGACGAGCGUUCUCGAGGAUGGCAUGCUGUUUGUGCAACAGGCAAAGGCCACAGAGAGUUCCGGCCUCGUCUCUGUGCUGAUCGAGGGUGCACCCAACUCUGGUAAAUCGGCGCUGGCCGCCAAUCUGGCCAAGAUGAGUGAUUUCCCAUUCGUCAAGGUGUGCUCACCGGAGGAUAUGGUUGGCUUCACUGAGUCCGCCAAAUGUCUGCACAUACGCAAGAUCUUCGAUGAUGCAUAUCGCUCCUCGCUCAGCUGCAUCGUUGUGGAUAAUGUGGAGCGUCUGCUCGAUUAUGGACCGAUUGGGCCGCGCUACUCCAACCUGACGCUGCAAGCACUGCUCGUGCUGCUCAAGAAACAGCCGCCCAAGGGUCGCAAACUGCUCGUCCUGUGCACCUCCAGCCGACGUGAGGUGCUCGAGGAAAUGGAAAUGCUGUCCGCCUUCACAUCCGUGUUGCACGUCUCGAAUUUAUCCAGUGCCGAGCAUGUGCUGGCCGUGCUCGAUGACUCGGAUGUGUUUGGUGCCGACGAGCUGCAGAGCAUUGCGAGGAAAAUGGCUGGCAAGCGGGUUUGGAUUGGCAUCAAGAAGCUGCUGGCGCUGAUCGAUAUGGUGCGGCAAUCGGAGCCACAAUAUCGUGUCAUCAAGUUCCUCAGCAAAAUGGAGGAGGAGGGCGGAUUGGAGAUGCUGGCGAGAACGCAGUAGCUAACGAGUCUUCUCGAAUUGAGAAUGUCAAUUGUGGAGCUUAACGAUGCUUUCUGAGCCACCACCACCAACGCCAACCACCAACAAGCAACCAACCACCAACGAAUUAGCUCAAAAUACAGAUUUGUAAAACAUUCUACAAUUAUACCAAGAAAAAGCUCAUCGAAACCACAACACAAACCGACCAAUAACAUAGAACAAUUCUAUAUAUAUAUAUAUCUACAUAUAUAUAUAUAGCCUAGUUUAUGCAACAUUCCAUGCGAAUCCCCCUCCAACCACGACGACCAUGUCCAUGUUGAGCCUUGUCGAAUCCUUGUCAAUGCCCUUGGCAUAUUCGUGAAUAUUAGUUAGUUAAAUAACCUUGUAGCUAUAUUUGAUUUAUCCGAUAUGGAAACCUAUAUAUUAUAUCGCUGUGUAUUUGUUGUAUAUUCAAUUUAUAUGUCCUUAAAAGCAUGGAUAAUCCCCAAAUGCCUCGCUGUCUAGUUCAAAGAAGAAGAAGUAAAAGGAUUAUAAAGAAACACAUAUAGCAA